AUGGAACAGAAACUUCAUCUAGGAAGCAGCAUCCCAUGUCAAGGCCUAAAAUUACUUCAAUUGGACAAUCCUUUUCUUAGCCGAUUUGCCAGUCCGACUAUUUUUCUUAAGUUUUCUUGUGAUGAAGAUUUCUUGCUACCCAUUAUUGUAGGGGAAUUUGCCGUUGAAAAACUAAUAGCUUCCUUUCGGGGAGAUGAGAAUGGAGCCCGUCCAGACCAGUUUCAUAUUUUUAAACAUGUUGCGGAGAGGCUUGGAUAUGAAGUUAAAAUGGUGAGAAUUACAGAGAGUUGUCAAUACUUUGCAAAGUUAUAUUUUACCAAGCCAGGGGAAAAUGAUGUGACAAGUGUGGAUGCACGGCCCUCGGAUGCUAUCAAUGUGGCUAAGAGAUUCAAGGCUCCGAUCUAUGUAAGUAAACAAAUCGUCCUGGAAGAUGCUAUUAGAAUUGGCUAUGGGAUUGGCAGAGUGCGUGAUAAAAAAUCUACUUGUGAUGUAUUGCUUGACAGUGCUGCAGAUGGCCCGGAUUUGCUAAUAGAGGAGCUGAAUCUGGUGAGGAAUAUAAAUUUAGCUGUCAAAGAAGAAAGGUACGAUGAUGCAGCAAUGUUAAGAGACAAACUAACGAAGCUACUCCACUCAAGUGAUGAUCAUUAAUGUUUUUUUGUGAGCAAUAAUUCGCUUUGGAUUUUACUAUUCAAAGUUGGAGAGUAUAUCAUCAGGUUUCGGAGUUUCACCAGCUGCUCAGUACUUGGCUAAUUGUUGUUUAUAGAGCUCAGGAAGUUUUUAUGCUAAAGUACUCAGCAGGGAGAACCAAUAACCUGUUAACCUAGAAUUUCAGUGUUUAAGAUAAGCACGAGUGAAAUUUCUGGAAUAAAUAUGCAUAAUCCUGCUUUACAGAAGGUGAUACAUACAUAAAUUAGUGGAUUCAAGUGUGAUCUUGGAUACAGGUAUGUUCUAUCUUUUGCAAGUUUUUAAAGUAUUUUGAAGAUGUUCUAGGGUCAUAUCCCCGUGUUCGGAUUAAACUACGUGUCGGACAUAGGUGUUUAAAGAAAAAUAUCGAAUCAGAGCAACGUAGGCAAUGUACAGAAAUAACAUAGACAUGUUGCCUGUAAUUAGGAUAAGUUUGGGAUUAACUUGGACAAUGGAAUAGCCACAAUUAUGAAAGUUAUACAUUCGAAGUUACACAUGGAGUUGCUUUGCAUUGCUGAUUGUGCCAAGUAUGCUGUACAGCAGAAGACCAUAUUUUGUUUUUCAUCGAAUGUAAAUAUCUAUUCGUUUCCUUUGACAAA